UAACUGAUGGCGAGAAAUGUUCCCUUCCGAUGACGAAGUUACAAAUUGACGAAAUGAUUGCCGCUGAUUGUAGCCGCGAAAGGCGGAAGGCGGCGCAGCAGCAGCAGCAACUACAGACGCCGCCACAACCACAUGGAGUGACCGUCAUGGCGGAGAGUUUCUGUUUCCGUUCGCUGGUCAUCGACGUCGUCGAACCCAAAGGUCCCAUCGUGCCCAAACCUCGCAGUGGUCACAGAAUAGUUGCCAGCGGUGCUAGCGUCUACGCUUUCGGAGGUUACAACCCUGACAACGCGGGUGAAGAUCCCAGCAGUGCCUUGUUCAAGGAACUAUGGAGGUUCAACUCGUACACCAAGCGGUGGACGAACCUUUUCAUGACGGGGGUUGUGCCGACGGAGCUUGCCUCACACGCGGCUCUACUGCACCACGACAAGAUGCUGGUGUAUGGAGGCACGGGUGUUCCCUUUGGGGAGCGAAUUUCCAACCGGCUUUUCGCACUCAAUCUGCGCAGCCACCACUGGGACCAUGUGCCAACCAGUGGUGACAUCCCCUAUGAACAGUACGGACAGGCCAUGUGCUGUCAUAAUGGCUACCUAUAUGUCCUUGGUGGCACAACGGGCUUUGAAUACUCUAUGGAUGUCCAUCGAUUGUGUCUAGAUGACCUUUCGUGGAAGCGUCUCUCCUGUGAAUAUGAGCCUACGCGUAGGUAUCGUCACGAACUUGCUGUAUACGAGGAUCGGAUCAUAGUCCUUGGAGGUGGCACGGCACAUGACAGUCUGCCCCUGCGCAAGCUGCCGGCAUUUCACACAAUCUUUCUUCGGUGGGAGUCCCUGUUCACAGCGCCAGAUCCCCGCCAUGGUUUCCCUCCAAAGCGGAGAUGCCACAGCAGUGUUCAGUACCACAACUCCGUUUUCGUGUGCGGUGGUCAUACUGGCACACGGGUCCUCGAUGACGUGUGGAGGCUAGACCUGCCGACUCUCCAGUGGUGCAGGUUGCCCAUCUCCCUGCCAAGCCCAGUCUACUUCCAUGCGGCAGCCGUGACUGAGAGUGGCCAGAUGUUUGUCUUCGGUGGUGUCACAGCAGUUGAUGGCAUGUCUCGAUGCAACAGCCUCUGGUCCAUGUGGCUCACUGUGCCCAGCUUGCUCGAACUCUCUUGGCUGGCUCUGUUGCAAGCUGCACCCUGGCUGGCCACUCUGCCUCCAAGGCAGCUUGCGAGGGAUGGUGUUCCCCUGUCCAUCCUCGAGAGGCUGCAACACUGAACUCAAGCUUGUGUUGUCAGUGCUGGUGAGGUGGCAAGAAUGCUUCAUCAGAAGGGCACGAACCUUUGUGUUAGACUUCGGUGAGCCUCUGCGUGGAGCCGUCAGCAGUUGCAAAUAAAAGAGAAGGCAGUGCUCGCCCCCAACUGGUUGUCUGCAGGCAGGCCACGUUUUGCUGUGGAGAAGUACCUUCUCGAAUGUGGGUUUGCCAGGCUUGGUAACAACAGGCUUGCUCGGAGAAAGCAAUAAGAGUACCUCAUCUUCAAGAACGGCCGUAAGACUUUAUUUCAUUGUCAACAAGUUUUGCCAAGGAUUCAACUCAUUGUUAAGAGCAUUGUUAUGUUGGAGCAUCCUUUGCACACUCUCAAACUGGCUACUUGGCAUUGCCAAAUUGGUGGAAAUCGACCGAAAUCUUGCCACUGAUGUCUGUUGUGAUUCUGCAAAGGACUUUGAUGUUGAUGUGGAAUAACAGGCUUUCACAUUCUAAGGUGUGCCAACUUGCUUCGACGUGUGGCCGAAGGUGCUGCAGUGGCUUAUGCAGUUUACAUAGGCCUACUGCAUAUUUGUUGGGCAAUUUCGCUUGCAAGUAACAAGAGUGGAAAUAAUACAGUGUUUGUGAACUAUUUUAAACAUUUAGGAAUGAAAGUGGAAUUUCCAAGCUAAGAAAAAAUUGCGAGGUACUUUAUCGGUGCCUGACCAUGUAUUGAAAGGCAUUUUACAUAGAAAUGUUAGCUGAAAGUGGAACUGUGAAAGCCAGAGUGAAUGAAUGAGUAUUUGUUUGAAAAUUACUUACAGCAUGCACAAAAUGAAUUUGGAUUCUUUUUUUCACAAACUCGUAAUAAGCAUAGCUUUAUAAGAACCUUCUGAGCACUCUUAUACGAGACAUACUGUGGGAACAGCCAAGUGCCAUUUAGUUCCUGUAUCAUGGGUUGAUAGCGUGUUUCUUGCAAGGUCACUGUAUUUGUUGAAGCAGGACAUGAUGUGUGCAGCUGAAAGAUCUGAAGACCAGGCACUUCCCUGCAGCUGUUUCUUGCAAGUGUGAGCACACUUAGGUUGGCACGUUUCCGUGACCACUGAUGUGAUGUCUCCCUUGCGAGCUGCUUGUUGAUGUUGGAAGUGCUACAUUGUUGUGGGAGAGGCAUUUUUCUUUUGUGUGUUCAAGCUCUGUGACAAUAUAAUCACCUAGAUGACCAUGAAUCUAGUGGUGGGCACCAAAGUGCUGUGGAGGUUGCAGAUAACUGCCAAGCAAGUGCUUUCAUUGUUCACAGCCUGGAAAUGUGUGUCAACUAAUGGAAGUCUGAGGUUCUCCUAUUUCAGAAGCAGCAUGCAUCAACUGGCCUAGCGGGUAGCCAACUUGAACUGUUAUGUACAUAGUGUUUGACUUAUAACUAGUUGACUAUACAGAGAUAUAUGGCUUGAGAAGCCUUCUGGGCAUGGUUAACCUAAGGAUGGGGACUUCAAACAUAGAGCGAUAUGUGUCCUACUAUGUGCAUACAUGCUGACAUGUCUUUACUGAAGAGUUCUUUCAAAUGGAGGCACUUCACACUUCCGUUCUCGGAAUAUCAGCACCUCCGACUUGAAAAGCUACAACAAAAAAUGGUCAUUUUUAUAGACAACAUUUGGUCUUCGGUAGAGAUCAUUAUCAGCAUUGAAAUAGCGCAGAACAUUACAUGUACUUAUGAACUCGGCAUGUUUGGGAGUUUCUUGCACCAUAUUUUUGUGUAAAGUCAGCGCAGUUUGUUUAGACACUUUAGCAUAACAUUAUUGCUUUACUGCUACUGUUACCACCCCUACUAGGCUGUGCAUCUGCUCAGUGGUGUAGCAAGCUCGCAGACUUGUCAUCCAGAUUAGGUUGUAACAGCAGAGGCAUGGCAGUACAUGCAGUAUGCUAAAGCACUGUGUUAUCCGUCCUCUCAUUUUAUUGGAACAUUGUAAUAAGGCUAAGCAAUGAAUAUGCAAAAGGAUGAAAUGCCAGCACGUGCUAAUGAAUUUGCUUGUCAUAGCUAACAUAUAAAUUAACCUGCUAGAAUGACUAAUUCAACUAAUUCAUUAUUCUCUACGUCUGGCUGUAACAUAAUGGCUAUGCCUUUGAUCUCAUCAGUGUUGCAUGCUGCGCAUGUCUGUAUUAAACAUUUUAAAUGGCAUGAUUAUGCAUGGAGAUACCAGUGUCAGUUAUUGUCUUUGUAUUGUAGUGUUGAGCAAGACUUCACAAGUACUAGUUGCUAUACCAGCUUGGUUUUUUACAUCCAAUUCACUUUCUCUGGUGUCCUAUGGAGCACAUAGCUUCAUCACUGAAUUUUUUUUGUAAGCCAUGUCUUGAGAAGGCUAGUACAUAGAGUUUCUUGCUGUUACUUUGAGGGAAAAAUGGUGCUGCAAUGCUGCUGUGAACAUGGGAAUGCUAGGAAUGGGGCUUAGGAUUGGCAUCUUUCUCUGAUAACCAGGGCCCAUUGAAGACACCUCUGGUGAACAGUGGUCUGUUGCAGUAGUUGCUUGUCUACUGAAACAGCAUGUAAAAUGCAGUUCUUUUUCUGUAUUAUGAUGCAAAAAAAAAUUUUUUUUAUCAGCACCUAAGUGCUCAUGCUAUGGUGUACACUUUAUCAAGCAGUAACGGUACUGCAAAGGAGAUGAUCUACAGUGGUCGAGCAAGAGGUGCCUUUGGAGUAAAUUUUAUGAAAAGGGCACUUGUCUUGGCUGUGGCUUGGCUUUGACAAAUACAAGUCCCCUUGUCAAACUUGUGGCUCCAUAGACCUCUCUAUGUUUGAAUUGUAUCUUUCCAUUUUCUUUGCUUACUCGUCAUGCUGUAUGUGAGUAAACUAUGGGGAGCAUUGUGGCUUUUUAUGAAUAUUUUGCCUUAAGAAAGCUUCAGUUGUACAGCCAUGAGCAUGCUCUAGGCCAAGCCAUGUUCAAAACAAGUCGGCUGUAUUCCAGCAUUCCCGCGGUGGCCCAGUGCCCAUUAAGAAACUUGCGUAGACAGUGGCACUAGAUUUCCCUUCAAGUAACAUUGCAAGAAACUUGGUGGGGUAGUACGUGUGCUACGUUGUAAUUUGAAAACAGAAGAAAGGGCAUGCGCCACUCACCCUACCAUACAAAACUUGUAAUUAUUCAAGGUAUUUCUGGCUAAUUCAAGGAAAAUCAUAUUAGUUGUCCUGACCUGUUUUAAGUGUUCUUGCAAUUUAGUUCAAACUGCGCUUCUGCUUUAUCAGCAAAUUUCACUUUCUAGCACAGCAUUUCUGCAGUCACUAACAACUGGACAUAACUGUACAAAAAGUGCUGAAUAAAUGAACUAUGAGGUUUUGACUGUUGAA